CCUGGCCACUAGGGGGCCAGGAACAAUAGAAAUGAGCACGAUUAGAAAUGAACGACGUGCACGUCAUGAUCGUAAUGCCAGUCCCACCUUGCUCUGCUAUGGCCGCAUGCCCUGACGCGGCGAGGGAGUGCUGGCAACGUGUGAAGAAGAGAUCGGCGGAAGGGAGGUGUGCAUGCCAGGAGAGGGUGGUAUCUCCCGACUCUGGGGUGUGGCGAUGCAGAACCGCCAGCCCACUGCAUGCACGAACACCUACAUGUACCUUGGCAGCCACGAUUGCCAGAUCUAUGGCAAUGGUGACAAUUGGUGAUGACUACUGCUGCGUCUGUAGCCGUUCCCCUCGCUGCUUUCGUUGACGGCGGUCGCAGUAAUUGCUGCUACCUUCAUAUGAUUCAUAGUAUGUUGCCGUUUAGCUCAUUGGGCUCGGGCUUCUGCAUCCGAGAUACGUGCGCGAUACUUUCAGCCCAUUCCAUACAUUGUCAACAUUGGACCGAACCACGUGACAACCUAUCGAUGUACGGCGCUGUGAUCGCCAGCCUCCUGGCGUUCCUCCCGGUGGGCGCGUUUGCUAAGGAGUGUGCCACGCUGGAGACUCAGCUCUUCCAGGUCGCCCUCGCUGCCAAUGCAUCUGCUGGACACGCCUCGCAUGCAGAUCGUCGUCCUCGACAGGCGCGCGCCCGCGACCAGUGCACAGUCUGCCCAGAUGUCCAGAUCUUUAACGACUGCCCGGGGAAUGGCCCAGCAACUUGUGCAACCGCGGGAACGCGGAUCUCCUGGCUGCGAGUGGUGCCCUCUGGUGAACGAGUGCCGCGUGAAGUGCACGUGCCACGACGAUUCUCCCCCCGCCCGUUCUUUGUUCGAGGAUUGCGCGUAUUCGGCAGGGGUACCGACGCAGGCGGUGUCGGCUUGGCCUCCCGUGUUGGCCCCGUCUUACACCAGCUAUUAUCCGGAGUGCGAGUGCGAUUCGACGGGCGAGGACGAUCCGCACAUGACCAACAUGUAUGGCCAGCGCUUCGACCUGAUGCAGCCAGGCGUGCACGUCCUCCUGCGCAUCCCACAGUUCGCCGAGAAGACUCUGCUCCGCGUCGACGCCAAGGCGACGCACCUUGGCGCCAAGUGCGAGGACAUGUAUUUCACCGCGGUGAAUUUCACCGGGGCGUGGGUUGCGGGUGGGCGAGGCACUGACCGCGAGGGGUGUGUGCAGUUCUUUGCUGGAGAAGACAGCGAUCCCUCGAAGAACGGCUGGUGGCACUUCCAGAAUGUGGGCCUCAAGGUUGUCCACAGCCGCGCGCAGGCUGGCCCCUACCUGAAUUUCCAUGCCAAGAACCUCAGGAAUGCUGGAUAUGCUGUCGGUGGGCUGCUUGGGGGAGACGAUCACACUGAGGCCGCAACGAAGAGCCCAAGUUGCAAGAAGACUCAGAGCCUCCUCCAGCUUGGUGAGGGAAGUGGGCUCUCGGGCUCGGACGGGUUCUCUGGCUCGAAGGCAGAUGCCAGCCUGUAGGUACAGCGCUGGCUUCAGUCAGCUGUGCGUGAUCGGGCUUUGCAGCGGGUUGCACCGUAGCGCAGCAUGGCGAUUUCUUUCCUUCUCUCUCUCUCUCUCUCUCUCUUUCUUCCCUCUCUCUCCCUCUAUAUAUCCCUCCCGUCCUUCUGCACGUACCGCUUGGGUGGUAUACGUUUCAAAAGACACCGCGGUCUCAGACAUCCGCAUCGGACCCUGGUGUCUCAUUUUGAGCUGGCCUGCCAUAGACCCGAGAUCCACGUACUCAGCGCAGUUUGGAACCAAAUAACUAUCCUGGC